UUAAAUGUAAUUUCAUGGUGCCCGCCAAUUUCAUCUAUUUCCCUCUCUCUUUCUUCAAAGCUUCAGCGGUUUAUCUCGAAUUUUCCGUAGGGUUCUUCUCUGAUCGCUUUCAACUUUCGAUAACAGAGAAACCUCGCAAUGUCAUCGUCACUCCAUACUGAAGAUUCUCAAUGGAAAAACCCUAGCAUUUAUAGCCGCAAGGACAAAUCGCUCGGUCUUCUUUGCUCCAAUUUCUUGAAGCUAUGUGAUCGGGAAGGGGUGGACUCCACCAUUGGUUUGGACAAUGCUGCAGAUCAAUUAGGUGUCGAGAGGCGUCGCAUUUAUGAUAUUGUCAAUAUUUUGGAAAGUGUUGGGGUUUUGUCAAGAAAAGCUAAGAAUCAAUAUAGAUGGAAUGGGUAUAGUGCAAUUUCUAAGGCUGUAGAUUUGCUUAAGAAAGAAGGACUAAAAGAUCUGUCCACUGUCUCCUCCACUUGCCGCAAUGUUUCAAAUGUCAUAGCUUGUAACAAUUCAGAUGUUAAGGAAAAAGGAGAAGGCAAGACUGCUGGAUCACAUAAAAUUGACAACCGGAAGGAGAAGUCUUUGAUGAUUCUUGCACAAAAUUUUGUUAAGCUUUUCCACUGUUCUGAUGUUGACUUAAUAUCUCUUGACAAGGCUGCAUCAGCUUUGCUUGGUGAUGUCCACGAUCCGAUGGCUAUGAAGACAAAGACCAGACGCUUGUAUGAUAUUGCAAAUGUUUUUGUGUCGAUGAAUCUCAUUGAGAAGAUACGCAGCCCAGAUAAUGGAAAACCAGUUUUUAGGUGGAUAGCCUGGAAAGAAAAUCUGAGGACUGGGUCCCUUGUAUCUGCUAAAUCAGAUGAUUCAACAAGGAGAACUUUUGGGGCAGAGAUCACGAAUACAACUCCCAAACGAUACAGGGAUGAUUCUUCAUCUGAUGUAAUGUCAAAUGGGCAGGUAAAAAGGUUGAAAGUUUCAAAAGAUGAUGAAUUGAAAGAUAAAAAGCAGGAGAUAUCAACAGAGCAGCUUAAUGAACGUGGUACAAAGGAUUUUGUAUUUGGUCCUUUUGGUCCAUCAAGUCUGCCUAGAUCAGGAAUUUCUGGAAAAGAAAAUUUGAAACAGAUUCAGAACUGGGAGGAUCUUGCAUCUAAAUAUCACCCUCAGUAUCAGAAUAAGGCUGCAAAUGAGCUUUUUGCUCAUUAUGUUGAGGCAUGGGAGUCGUGGCAGGUUGAAGCUGCCAAUGAGCUGCACAAACAACAUGAACAUUAAUGUCAUCUUGGAUCUUUUUUUAUUUCAGAUGGUAGCAAACACGUUCAACAAGGACAUCUCUGAUGCUGUUACUCUCACUUGAGAGAUGGCGGUAGUUGGUUGAAUAUCUCCUGCAUACAUGUCAGUUAAGUGUGCGCCGUGUUUAUCAGUCUGUGAUAUCCAAGCCCUUUAGUAAUAUUCCGUGCCAUUGUAGUUCCCAGUUUUAUCAGAUCAGUUUCGUCCACAGGUCCAUGGGAGACGAUCAAUCUCUCCUACAUGCUUAAAUAUUUGUGUAUGAGCUUACUGGGGUUUUAAAUGGCAAAUAUCUGCUACCAUUGAUGGUUGUAUCUUUGUUCCGGUUCCUUCACUCCUAUUAAACCUCUUGAGGCGAUCCCAAACUGAACUUUAAUUUUAUUGAGCUAAAUUAAUCGCGUUGUAAAUAUUAUGCAGACAUCUUACAUCUUUGCUUGUCAUCUCACUGUGGGGGAAUGUAAAUUAGAAAUUGAAAUAUCAUUGCAUUUCAUUGUGCAAGAAUGAAAUAUGCAGUAUGUUGCCUAACUUAUGUAUGAUAUGGAUAUAUAUUAUUUGAAGCUUGGAUUU